UUCCUUUUAAGAAUCAUGAACCACCUUAUUUUUUCAUUAUUCUUCAGUAAUAUCAGAAGAAACAAACCAGAAGCCGUAGAAGUAACAUUUGCAGACUUUGAUGGAGUCCUUUAUCAUAUUUCAAAUCCCAAUGGAGACAAAACAAAAGUGAUGGUCAGUAUUUCUUUGAAAUUCUACAAGGAACUGCAAGCACAUGGAGCUGAUGAGUUGUUGAAGAGGGUAUAUGGAAGUUUCUUGGUAAAUCCAGAGUCAGGAUACAAUGUCUCUUUGCUAUAUGACCUUGAGAACCUGCCUGCAUCAAAGGACUCCAUCGUGCAUCAGGCUGGAAUGUUGAAACGAAACUGUUUUGCCUCCGUCUUUGAGAAAUAUUUCAAAUUCCAGGAAGAGGGAAAAGAGGGAGAAAACAGGGCAGUAAUCCAUUACAGAGAUGAUGAGACAAUGUAUGUUGAGUCUAAGAAGGAUCGAGUCACCGUUGUCUUUAGCACAGUAUUUAAGGAUGAUGAUGAUGUGGUGAUCGGAAAGGUGUUCAUGCAGGAGUUCAAAGAAGGACGCAGAGCCAGCCACACAGCCCCACAGGUCCUCUUCAGCCACAGGGAACCUCCUUUAGAGUUGAAAGACACAGAUGCUGCUGUGGGUGAUAAUAUUGGCUAUAUCACUUUUGUGCUGUUCCCCCGCCACACCAAUGCGAAUGCCAGAGACAACACCAUUAACUUGAUUCACACAUUCCGGGAUUACCUGCACUAUCACAUCAAAUGCUCCAAGGCCUAUAUUCACACACGAAUGCGGGCAAAGACAUCUGACUUCCUCAAGGUGCUGAACCGCGCACGCCCAGAUGCAGAAAAAAAGGAAAUGAAAACGAUCACGGGGAAGACGUUUUCAUCCCGUUAAACUCAUGGGAACAGGCGAAGUUAGAGGCUGAAGACAGAAGGCUGGAGCGCUUGCUACUGGAUAACCGGAGCUCUGAAUGUUGCACCUCUCCAGAUUCUAAAGGAAUUCUCCCAUUUUGGUUCUAUUUUGUACGUUUGGAAAAUAAUCUGCAGAAUCGAGCUGUGCUUGCAAGGACUUCAUAGUUCCCAAGAAUUUAAAAAAAAAAAAAAAAAAGGAUUCCACUUUGAUCAAUUUAAUUCUUUUUCUUUAUCCCUCCCUCCCUCAUCACCACCACCACCACCCUCUCUCACCCUCUCUCCAAGCUGUUUCGCUUUGCAAUACGUUACUGGUAAUGAGUUGCAGAAAAUACAAUAUUAACUUGUUUUUCUCCUAAGUAUUUGAGUUUAAAACUCCUGUAUCUAAAAAUACGGUUGGGGUCAUUAAUAAAGAAGAAUCUUUCUAUCUUAAAGUAGAA